CAAAACCUGAAAAAAAAGACGAAGAAGAAAAAGACUCUACCUUAAAGGAGCUCCUUUUUUCCCUCUUUUAUUUCUCUCUCUCUCUAUAUCAACCUCUCAAACUACUCGGUUAUUAUUAUAGUCUAUAUAAAUACAUAUAUACACACCCGCACAUCUAUUUAUUGCCAGUAUCGAAUUUAUCGCUAUGGCAACCACAACUUUCCGCGAAGUAUAUCCAAACCUUCCAAACGAGCAAGAUAUCGACACUCGCCUGGAACAAAUUGACCAACUCAAAGACUUCUUGGCCAAUGCACCCGUUGAUUUUGUGACCAUUGAAGGUCAGCCGCCCAUUAAGCGCCACCCUCUUCCCAACGGUGAUUCUAUUUCAUGCGUCCAGUGGAACUCAACCCAUUUUAUUACCGGCACUGACAUCGUACGUUGUCUUAUCUUUCGCUUCCAUGCCUUUGGAAGACCCGUGUCGAAUCUAAAGAAAUUUGAGGAGGGCAUUUUCAGUGACCUCCGCAACCUCAAGCCGGGGACCGAUGCAACACUCGAAGAACCCAAGUCUAGUUUCCUCGAUCUCUUGUACCGCCACAACUGCAUCCGAACCCAAAAAAAGCAAAAGGUCUUCUUUUGGCAAUCCGUACCACACGACCGUCUCUUCUUAGAUGCACUUGAACGCGACCUCAAGCGAGAAAAAUUAUCCCAGGAAGUCACUUCGGAGGCAGUAGCCU